AUGCUAGAGCCUCCUUCGCCAGCCCAGUGCUCGUCAGACACGAGCCGGAUCACGAUCGACGAGGCGAUCCCGCGCCGGCCUCCCUCGGACAAUGACCCCACAACCUGGUCCCCGCGUCGAAAGUGGCUCUACACCCUCCUCGUCGGCCUCACGAUGUUCAACGGAUCGUUUGCCUCGACGGCUCCCAAUGGCGCAGGCGAACACAUCGUCCGUCACUUUGCUCUGACCGAUGAGGAAUUCGUCCUGGUCUCAACGUCCUUCGUAGGCGGAUGUGUAGCCGGUCCCAUCGUCUGGGCGCCGCUUUCCGAAGUCUAUGGCCGUCGUGUGGUCAACCUCGCUUCCAUGAUGCUCUAUGCCCUCAUCAACAUCGGAUGCGCACUGGCUCCCAACAAGGCCGUCCUCUUUGUCUGCCGUCUGCUCGCUGGAACCUUUGCAUCAUCGGCCUUCUCCAACGCCGCCGCAGUCGUCACCGACCUCUUUGCUCCAAAGGACCGCAGUAACCCCAUGAUCAUCACUUCACUCGCACCGCUCCUCGGUCCCAGUGUCGGGCCUCUUUUCGGUGCAGCCGUCACCUCGAGGCUGCCGUGGCCGUUCGUCUUUUGGCUGCUCGGCGCCCUCGGCCUCGUGCUCGAAGUCGCGCUACUCUGCCUGCCAGAGACCUACUUGCCAGUCAUCACCAGCAGAGGAAACCCUCAACCGAGCGAGAAAGCCAGCCGCUCGUUCAUGCGCAAGGUGCUCACCUUUUGCAUCGUCGUUCUUGGAAGGCCGGAAUCUAUGGAUUGGACGCUGUACACAGUGAGCAAGCUCUUUCGAGCAAGCGACACAGGUCAAGUGGCUAACGUGAUACCAACGAGGGAGCCAGCGGGCUUCACCUUCCUACCUCUGGCGCUCGGUGGAGUGCUGGCUGCCCCUGCGAUGCCCUUCUGUGAUCGUUUCUAUGUGCAGCGAUUCCGUUCCGCACGCUCGCAUGUGCCCGAAGCGAGGCUGCUCUCGACCUUUCUCGUCAGUCCACUCGUGGCGGCUGGUCUUCUCUGGGCGGGCUGGCUAGGCAGGGAGAGCAUUCCGUACACGGUCACGAUGCUCGCCGGAUUGCCCAUCGGCGCUGCAAUGACGCUCGUCUUUCAGGGAUGGGUCGGAUACUUGGGAGACUGCUAUCGGCUCUACUCGUCGUCUGCUAUCGCUGCCACGGUCAUCGGCAGGUCCGUGUCUGGCGCAACGAUCCCGCUCGCUACGCACCAGAUGCACGAGAAGCUCGGCGGCGUCUGCUACCUGUACACGAUGCUCGCAGGACUGGCGCUGCUUACGACGCCCGCACCCUUUUUGAUCUUCCACUAUGGCGAGAGAUUGCGUUCCCGCUCCAUGUACCGGACGCCUGGCUCCUCAUAG